GGAUCAAGAUGUUGGGACAGCGAUGGCGACGACAAACAUUUGGUCGCUCGGCACAUACAUGAAAACUCCAUGUAGCAUACUGACUUGUGAUCUCGAUGCGAUUCUUGUUUGAUUCAUACAUGGAAACUAUUUAACCAGGGAGUUUCUAUCAACUUACCACAAUCUACCUCAACCAUGGAGGUUGACGAAAAGAAGUCGUGGUUAUCACGCCUCUCUUUCUUUCGCAGCAAGAAGGCAAUCUUCGCUUUGAUUCUAACGGCCAUUGUAGCAAUUGUGCUGAUCGUUCUCGCUGCGACCGGGAUACUUCGGCCCAAUACUAGCGGCAGCGACAGCAGAAGCAACAGCCCCCCGCAAUCAAGCGACAACAAUACUGACACUCCUGCCGGCGUAAUUACUACGGCGAACGGAAUCACGAUAGGGGCAGGCAACUGGAAGCCCGAAAAUUCAACCCGCAUCGCCGAUGGAGUCCCACUCCGUAUUAUGGCGCUCGGCGCCUCGCUCAUCCGAGGCGAGUUCUCAACCACCAAUACAGGAUUUCGCAAGACAAUGCGCGACGAGUUAGUUGGCCUAGGUGUACCCGUCAACAUGGUCGGCUCCCAGCGGUUUGGGGAUAUGCUGGACAACGACCUCGAAGCCUACGGCGGCAAUCGCAUCAGCCAGAUCCACGAGCAUGCGACGCGCAUCGUGUCGCAACUACAGCCGAACCUGUUUGUCAUCCACGUGGGGAGUAACAACGUCUUGCAAGAUAUAGACGUUGACAAGGCCGGCGAGCACAUGGAAGGCUUUAUCAACUACCUCCUCAAGGCAUCGCCCCGGUCGACAGUGGUGUUCAGUACGUGCCUAACGAACACAGUCCCGGACUGCGAGCCCAAGAUCCUGGAAGUCAACCAGCAGUACCGCGAGCUCGUCAAGAAAUUCGACUCGAAGCCCGUCUUGCUAGCUGAAAUGCACUAUAGCGAAGGCUUCCCCGACCGGCCCCAGGUAGCGGAUAUCGGCCCGGAUGGUACGCAUCCCUUCGACUUCGGCUACGGUUUGAUGGGGAAUAUUUUCACGGACAGCAUUCAGGAAGCAGACAAGAAGGGAUACCUAAGGUGGCCUGUCGAGAAUGGGCUUGAGAGGGAUGGAGAUGCUGGACGAGCGGAUGCGACCGCGACGACCUCGGAACUCCCGCCGUCGACUAGUGCUGCGACGGCUACUUUGGCACGAGCUGCAAGACGGAGGAUACGGCCUUGAAUGAAUAAACGUGCAAAAUGACUACCUACCUUAGUUAUGCAUUGAACCUUUAGGCGCGCGGCAGAGUUAUCUGCUGUAGGUACCUAGGCAGGCAAUAUGUCUAGCCAUUGUGUAGCCAUUUAUCGUAUAGAUCAGACCAGUAAACCGCCAUAUGACGACCUAGGCUUCUAGAAGCCUAAGCACCUACGGAGACAGACCCUCCAAGGACUAGCAUCGGCUAAGCUUGCCUCAACAAAGGGGUUAAGAGAUGCAGCAUUCCCGUCGCGGGGAAUAAAAGAGACCAGGAUCUUGAGACGUGGUUCGUUAGGCCCGUGCGAAAUGGUGCCGACUAGACUCGCUCAUUUGGCGAUGACAUGGUGAUUGCUUUUGCAUCUCACGAAUCAAUCCAGUUGUAAAUAGAAACAGGAGUGCUAUUUACCU